GAUGUGCUUCCGACGAAAUGAGGAGGCCACAGUGCAAAUGUCUGCUAGCUGGGGGAGAUAGCGGGUUCUUAUCUUACCAUGACGCUCGUCAGAGGCACGUUCGUCCACUGCCCGAAACUUGGAGAACUGGAUAUCCUAGACGACCAUCUGCUAGGUGUCGACGAUGCGGGAUUUAUCACAUAUAUUGGUCCAGCUACUUCUACAGAAGCCAUUCAAAUGCUGGGAGACGGGGAAGAUGUAACAAUCAUCCCAGAAGGCAGCUUUCUCCUCCCAACCUUCUGCGACCUGCACCUCCACGCACCCCAAUUCCUCUACCAAGGCACCGGCCUCCACCUUCCGCUGAUGCAGUGGCUCGACGAAUACGCCUUCAAGGCCGAAGAGAAGCUUGACGCCGACCCGGGGCUCGCGAGGAAAGUGUACGAGCGGCUGGCGGCGAGGCUCGUCGAGGCAGGGACUGGCGCGGUGCUGCUCUUCGGCACUAUCAGGGAAGAGACCAACUUGAUCCUGGCGGAGGUCAUGCAAGCAGCGGGCAUACGCGCCUUCGUGGGCAAACUAUCCAUGGACAUAUCCUCCCGUCCGUCCUAUCGUGAAGCCUCCGCUCAAGCGAGCCUUGCAUCCGCCGCGUCGUUCGUCCACGGAUGUCGCAGUCAGACUGCCCACCUGCCGCCGCACGUGCGACUCGUGCAGCCGGUCAUCACGCCCCGCUUCGUGCCGACGUGCUCGAACGAGCUGCUCGCGGCCCUUGGAGAGCUUGCGGAAACGGAGGGACUGGCGAUUCAGAGCCAUAUGUCCGAGGCGCGGGAUGAGAUCGAGUGGGUUCAGCAGGAGAGGGGGAUGGAGGAUAUGGACGUCUUCGAACAAAAUAAGCUGCUCACCCCGCGUACCAUCCAAGCGCACUGCACUUUCCUCUCCCCUGCGCAACUCACCCGCCUUUCCUCGCUGGGCAGCGCCGUUGCCCACUGCCCCCUCUCCAACGCAUAUUUCUCCGAGCGCCCUUUCCCAUUACGCGAGGCCCUCCAGGCCGAGGUGACGGUAGGGCUAGGUACGGACGUCGCAGGUGGGUACUCCAUCGACAUUAUGAGCGCGAUGAGACAGGCGGUGGUGGUAUCGAGGAUGCGCGAGGGCGCACGGAAAGAGGCGGGUGGGACAGGGGACGGGGAGCAGGUGAGCGUGGAUUGGAAGGAGACGCUGUAUAUGGCUACGAGGGGCGGGGCAAGGGCGUUGGGUCUCCAAGGGGGGCUGUUCGAAGUGGGCGCGCCCUUUGAUGUGCAGCAGAUUCAGAUGCACGAUCCUGCGACGGCCUCGGGCGUCGGCGCGCUCGACUUCUUCGGCGAUGCUGGGCAGGAUGGCACGACGGUUGAUUUACGGGUGCUGGAGAUGUGGUGGUGUCUGGGUGAUGUGCGAAAUCGAAAGGGGAUGUGGGUGCAAGGCAGGAAGUUGAAAAUGCCGAUUUGACUUGAGGGCAGUAUGAGCCGGAUAUAUUCGUUGUAUAGCAUCUCGAUAUCUCUGUAUCAUAGUACAUUCCGAACAGAGAAGAAACACAUCAAUAAACCCCAC